GUUAAAACACGUUGACGCAGUUCCUCUUGUUGCUGUUGCAACACCGUUGUAAAACGGAACAUGAUUGGACAUGUCAACCAUUGGAAACAUUGACUAAGGGAAACUCUGAUACAGGCCAUAUGUUUUGUUUCCUUCCGUUGCCAAUUAAAACUGGAUUGCCUUUUCAUAUCAAUGGUUGUUUUAGAGUUUCGGAUGAUAGGCAGAGACUUACCCUACUGAAUGAAGAUGACAAAAAGACUGGAUCGAAGUUAAUUGCGCAUGAUUGGAAUUUAUUUCUUCUGCAGGAUCCUUUAGUUACAGCACUCCUGAGUCAUAUUCAGAUAACGAAUCGUUUUUGUCAAACGAACGAAGAUGCAUACCAUACAUGGCCUCAAAGAAUUUCAAUCCGGAUGUGUUGCCCUUUGUUGCAAGCUUGUACAGAGCUGUUGUAGAUCAGAAUAAACCAGUGUUCAGAGACCAAAGUGACAGCAUGCCAUUCGGUAAAAUUCUGAUUCUUGAAAAACAGAUUUUCACUACGCAUUUUCAUGCAUUUUUUGACUUUUUGUUGAAUGUACCAUUUGGAAUAGAUAGGACCGUUGUUGAUGUUCCUGACUUUGUCUGUAAUAAUCUGCGUUUAUUUAACAAAGACAAAGCCUCCAUUGUCGAGCGUGCAUUUAUUUCCAAGACCGACGCACUAGUCCACUUCUUCAUCACAUCAGUGAUACAUAUUGGACGAACAAAGAAACUGUUCGCAACAACUUGCUCGCCUGGACAAUAAUGGAAGCCGAUAAAAGGGGAAAACAAUGUUUUUAAAACUAUUGCAUGCAUACAACCCAACCAUUUGGUAGAUUACGAUCAGUUUUAGACCUCGUCCAUCCGGAAUCGCAACUUGCAAAGAUGUUUUUCUGACACCGAUGAACGGUUUAUCACGAAAUGUGAAAAAUUAAAUGAGCCAAAGAUAUAUGCCAAGCUUGUAGAAUUCGGAAUGAAUAGUGAAAGUUUACCAACUGAUCUAAUAUUUGACCGGUGCGCAAGUUUGGAAGAUUUAUCAAAACAAUGUGUGGAGUGUACUAGAAUGCGUAUGGGAUAUUUGCUGAAAUAUUUGGCGGAAUCUAACAUUCCUAAAGCAACGUUUGACAAGCUCCAACGCUGUAGAAUUCUCCCCGUUUUACAAAAACCUUUUGAAUGGAGUUUCACUUGGGAAGCCGACACGAAUGUAAACCAUUUAGUUUGUGAGAUUGUUGUGAACUGUUCAAAACACAAAAGCAAAAAGAACUCAAUCCUUGUGCUCGGUAAACCUGAAGGUUUAUUUAGACAGGACUGCUACUCCACUGUUGGAUGUAUACAUAGCAUAGUAGAUGAAAAAGAUCGGAUCAGUUCCACGCUACUAAAGAAUCUCGGUGUUAAGGAUAGUCAUCAUCUGACUAUUUCAGUGGUAAUGGAACAAUUGCAUACAGUUGGAAAUGAGUUUGAAGAUGGCAAAUACACAGGAGAGACUCAUAAAAUAAUCGACAACAUAUAUAAAGCAUUAGAUGGUCUGACAAAUAAUAUGCCAAAGGAUACGUUCCAGAAUAUGAUUGCUUCUGACUUUAGUUCAACGCUUUCGAAACCCAUUAUUGAAGUCGAUAAAACGUUGGUUUCCAUAGACAAAAUUGCAAAGUGUUCGCUUCGAUCAUGUCCUCCUUACCUUUAUGGGCUACCAGAGUUGGUAGCUGUCUCACGCUGGAGAAUUUUUGAAAAACUAGGAGUCAGGGAAUGCUUCAGUGUAAGCGAUAUCAUUCGUGUUUUAGAAAUAAAAGCACAAGAAAAUAAACAAAACGUACACCUCAAUAUCAAAGAAAUUGUCAAAAUUUUAGAAAAUUUAGUCCAGUGCAUGAAUCGUGAGAAGAAAACAUAUGACGAUAUAAAACAAUACGAAGAAUGCAUUAUUGCGCCAGACAGAGAGGGUCGUUUUCUUCCAACAAGUCAACUUGCACUGGAAGAUAUUGAAAUGCCAACGAAAACAAGACUUUUUCUGUUGCAUGAUGACAUUUCUCCUAGUCUUGGUAGGGCUAUUGGAGUUAGAUCAAAACAACUGCAACUUAUAAGGCAAUACACGCGAGCAAUCCCGUUUGGGCAAAGUGAAAAGCUAACAACACGCUUGAAUAAUUUACUAAAGGAGUAUCCGCGUGAUGAAACUAUAAUGAAGGAACUAAUACAGAAUGCUGAUGACGCAUGUGCACGUGAAAUUCAUUUUAUAAAGUACUAUGAAAACAAGAGAGUUGGGAAAUCGUUGGAACACGGAAACGGUCUUCAACCUGCGUUGUGCGUCUAUAAUGAUAGCUGUUUCUCUGAAAACGAUUUUGAAGGGAUUCAGAAUUUAGGCAUAGGAAGUAAAACUAACGAUCCUUCAAAGACAGGCAAAUUCGGAGUUGGAUUCAAUGCCGUUUAUCACAUAACGGACACACCUUCUUUCCUUACAAAGGGACCAGGACUAGGCGAACAUGGUCAUGUGUGCAUGUUUGAUCCAUUGUUCAAACAUAUUACAGACAUUUCAGACGGUCAACCGGGUAUUCGAUAUAAUGUUGACGAUUUGAAGGACGAUUUUCCAGAUACCACUAUCGGUUUCCCGCCUAUGCCUGGUACACGUGGUACGAUGUUUCGUCUCCCAUUGCGACAAGAGGAAUCCGUGAUAAGUAAUUCGUGCCUUACAACAUUGGAUGUUGACGGAAUUCUGAAAAGUUGUAUCAAUGUAAUGCCAGACUGUUUGCAUUUUCUUAAACAUAUCAGGAAGAUAAAAAUAUUAAAAUACGAAAAUGGAAAGUAUACAGAAGAAUAUAAAGUGGAGUCUGAAUUGAUAGAUGUCGAAGACAAUAAACGACAGGCUGAUUUUUUUAAUGCGGUGAACGAAGUAAUAAUUUCUAAUGUUUCAAAAAAGGAAAACAUUUUUAUUAUCAAACCAUUCAAUGUACUUUACAAGCUGCGAAUACAUGAUACAAAAAAUAUUGACACUACAUGGUUAGUUGUACAUCAGUUUGGAGCAAACUUUGAUAGUGGGACACGAUUAGAAUCUAUUCAAAACCUUCUUAGAAAUGAUGACCUCUCCCUUCUCCCACUUGGCGGCGUUUCAUUAAAAUUGUGUUCAGGAAACGUAAAAGAUUUUUUUAAAAGGUCUCUGAAACGUAUAGAACAGGAAAAGGAGAUUGCAAAACAAACGAAAGCCUACCCUAAACCAAACAACAAUCUAACUUGGGACGUGACUGAUGGAACAGUAUACUGUUUUCUUCCUCUUCCAGUGUUAACUGGGCUUCCUUUAAAUAUUAACGGUCACUUUUCUGUUGAUAGAGCUAGGCGAGGACUCUGGGAGGAAGGUUAUCGUAUGGAAUGGAAUAGGUUUCUUCUUUCCACCGUUGUCACUGAAGCUACAAUAAGCGCUUUAAAUUUUCUGAAAGCAUAUUGGAUUGAUUGCAACAUGGACCUACUUAUCAAUGGAUGGUUCUUACGGAAAAGCGUUCAAAUAUAUUUCAAUCACUUUCCCAGACACGAAUGCACACAACACAGUUAUUGGCAGUUUUUUGUGGAAGAAUUUUACCGUUUUGUAAUUGAAAAUCAAAUACAUCUCUUCCCAUGUGUUUCGGAAAUGCAAACAAAACAGGGUGAAAUACGCGACCAACGUUUUCGUAUUGAAUGGAUACAUUUGGCCACAAAUCUGGAAUGCAUUAAAGGAGCUGUUGUAGAUACUUUGUGGAAAAGAUGUUCUUCCAAAGAACAAGAGUUUUUAAUAAAGAAAAUGUUGUGGGACAUGAAUGUAAAAGUUGCCUCAGUCCAUCAAAAUGUUGUUGAAACAAUGGGAAAGGCAGGCCAAAAAAACAUUCUGAAAACAGAUCCAUGGGCUGUAAUGCAAAUAGUUAAGGACAGAGUUAGUACUGUUAAUUGUUACCUUCAAGAAACUAUAAUAGGCAAAAUAAACGUUGCAAUUAGCAUUUUGCGCUAUAUACAACAGGAUGAUCGUUUCGACGCCGAAAUUCAUGAUCUACCACUGUGCAUAACCAAUGACAACUUUUUACGUAAAUACAGCAAAGAAAGCAAUUUGUUUUGUAGCCAAUAUUGCGCCAUAUUACCAGGUUCGUUCGAGCGGUUUUUACACUACGACCUUGUACCAUUACUAUAUCGAGAAAAACUUUUUGAGGACUCGGUAUUUUUACGCUUCACAUUUGUCAACUUUGUCGAGUUAUUGCCUUUGUCUUAUAAUCCAGAGAUACUCUGCAGUGGGGAAAACAUAAAAUGGAAAUCCAGCGAUCAUAAUCCUAUGGAACCUAAUACUGUUCGCCUGCUAUGGGCAUUUAUUUUGGAGGAGUCCAAACGCUCUACGGCAAAAGAAAAAAAACAGAAUGUGAAUGUGUUCGUAAGGAAUUUGGCAACAAUAUCAGGAUGGGCAUUUUUGCCAUUACAGGUUACUAUACAAGAUCAUUGCAUAUAUGAAUUGAUACCGAUCGAGCGAGCGUACACACUUCUGUCGGGUUACUAUAAUGCCGAUAUACGGACUAUUGCAGAAAAAGCCAAUAUUGGAACAUUGGAUUCGAGCGUUUUUAAGGACAAGACAUCAAUUGACAAUGAAGUAAUUGAUAAAUUGAAAGGUUUAAUAUCCUCGCAAUACAAACCAGAUCAACUUCUUUUAUGUGUCCACUACCACAAAUCUAAAUUGUUAUCUUGCAAUAUAACAAGUGAUGAAGCCUUUAAAUUGUUGCGUGUUUUCGAUCAAAGUACAAAUAUCCUCACAAAGAAACUGAAAGGACAGGCAAAAAUCCUGCUUCGAGAACUUCCAUUGUAUGAAACAAUGCAGCAAGGAUCGUUCGUCAGUCUCGAUGAAGUUGAAGAUGUUGUCGUGUCAAGCAGUAAAAUGCCACCAGAAGGCUUAAAUGAGUGGGCGCAUAGUCAAGGAAAAGUGGUUGUAAAGGAAAACAUUCUUUUGAAAGAUCUUUACACAUUUCUCGAAUUACCACACAACAACGACUUAGAUUUGUAUGUUCGAAAUAUUUUUCCAAACAUGACUCAUAUGCCAAGACAAUUUUGGUUGGCUCAUGUCGUAUAUGUGAAAGAUCAUAUGUUAUUGACUCAAUUGGGAAGACAUUUUUCCAAAAUGCAAAAGCGAUUAAUUGAGUUGGUAAACAAUCUUCCAUUCAUAGACAUUGAAGGACACUUUUAUUGUGCGCAUGAGCUUUAUGACAGGUCUCAUCCCGUAUUUGCUACAAUGUUGUCAGAGGAGCAAUUUUUACCUGCGCAUUUCAUGGACGACAAUUGGAAGGAUUUUAUGGAAAUUAUCGGGUUAAACAUUCGCCCUACAGGCGCCAUGAUGCUGGAUUAUGCUAGGCAAAUCGCGCGAAAUGGUGCCAUGGGUGUGAAUGAAGAUUUAAUCGCCGCUUCUAAUGUGAUUGUGUCGUGUCUAUUUGGAGAUUUUGAUGACAAGUUGGAGAAUGAUGUGUUUAUCAGCAUUAAAGGUAUUAAGUUUGUGGUACCAUACACAAUUUCGUCUGAAAUGGAAAACAUUUUUCGAGCGUAUUGCUCUGAAAAAAUUUUCAUCUGUUUUGAGGGAUCUUGUAGUGGCAAAUCUGCGGAUAUUUGCUGGACAAGCGCUUCUCUCACCAAACGAGAUCCAGAUGAAAAACAAAUGAACUUGUUAGAGAUAACGCAAGAGCCUCAAGUCGAUUCUGUGAUAAAACAUUGUCAGAAUAUUUGUAGUGUUUUUGAUGAUGAUUUUAAGAGGGAACAAACCCAACACCAAAAUAAAGUAUUUUACAUGGAACGUAUAUACAGAUUUCUGGAACGUAAUACGCACCAAAUAAACGCCAGACUUUUGGAAAGCAUUCCUGUCAUUUUGAUACCGGAAGAAGCCAUGGUCAAAGCGUCAAAUGUAUUUGUUUCAGCACCAGAAAGAGUAGAACUUCGACCAUAUCUAUACAAAGUACCUCACAAAUUUGAGCGUUAUAUUGAGUUUUUCAAGAAACUUGGUGCAUCGCCUGAGCCAACGUGCCUCCAGUAUGCAAAUGUUUUGCGAAUGAUAAAAGACCAAUUCGUCAACGAAGAGCCUCCUGCUAAUAUAUUGGAUGUAGUUUCAAAAGCUAUUCAGUAUUUCUUCGAAAGUAUUUCUACCAAAACUGGAGAGGUGCGAAAACACUUCGAAAGUAUUACGCAUCUGUACUUGCCAAACCAAAAACGAAUUCUUAUGAAUUCUUCUGAAUUAACGGUAUCGGAUAACGACACGUUCAGAGAGGAAUUAGAAGAAAGGUGCAACUUAAGUACUUUUCUAGGUUUUACUGAGUUAAACAUUCAGUUUAAUCAUUUGAAAGACCCAUUUGAACUUCUCCCCAAAGCAUUGCAACCACGUUUGCUUACGGACGAUGUUGAAGAAGUGAUUUCCACAGAAAAUAUCAUAGAAGUAAAUAGUGCAGAGGCAGAACAUGUUCAACGUUUUGUAUGUUCAGAUCAGUUUUUUGAAGGACUGUGCAGAUUAAUACAGCAUGAUGAGGUACAGAACGUUGAUGAUGAAUUACAAGAUAUGCUGUUACAUAUUGGUAUUAAAGAGGUAUCAGGUUUGAAAAUUUUGUUGCGUUACAAAGGUCAUAUGGUUGAAGGUGUUGAAAUUGAAAGCGAUAGUAACUUACAACAAACAACAUUGGUUGACUCGGAGUCGGGAAAGGAAAUUGUAUGUUACAGUCUUUUUUAUCAAACAGAUAUAUCGGAAAAUUUUGGAAACAUGAAUAGUGCAUUACGGGCAGGUUUAAUGUCCCUUAUAGAAAAGUGCACACAUAAACAAUUGUCAAGAGAAUCGCUUUUGCUGUUGCCACAAAUUUUAGACUUAUAUAGGGAACCCGAUAUAAUAGGCCGAUUUCUAGACAGAAAUCGAAUACAAAAAUUAGAUAAUAUUUCAAAAAGAAAUCUUGUUGUAUUUCCAUCUCCUGGCACCUAUGUGGAAGAAAGAUUUUACCGGUUUAUGGUCCAAAAGAUCACACCGUUUAGAAUACACGAGUUUAAUUACGUUGCUUUAGAAAUCGAAAACGACGAAAAUAACGACAGUGCCAAUUCGGCCCGAUUCAUAUAUGCACACAUAGAGGAAGAAUUCCGAUCUGACAAUACUUCAACGUUGCAUUUAAGGUAUUCGGUCCAUAUUGGAUAUAACCGUGGAGGAACUAUUGUUGUGCCGAUAUUUCGACUGUUCAAGUUCAUACCCUUAACUACAGUGACCAGCCAGGAAGUUGUUGAAUACGACUCGGAACCUAUCUCAUCGAUUCCGUUUGAUACAAACUGUCAGAGGAUUAUGGAUGAGCUACAAGAAGCCUUUGAAAACUUCAACAUUCAGGACAGAAGGCGAAUAAUCCGGCGCAUGCUGUUGAGAUGGCACCCAGAUAGAAAUCCAGACCAUGAAGAAUAUUCAAAGCGUGUCUUUUUUUUCAUUCAGAACUGCAUUCUUAGACUCGAACGUGGCGAACAACUAAAUCUACAACCGGAGCCGCAAAUGCCAGACAUGCGCGGUUCACGGUACUGGAACGUUUGCGUAGAUGCAACAAAUACAGGCCACGUGCAUACAAGAGGUUACCAAGAAAAUCUAGAAGAGUUUAAUAUGUUCAAUAGAAGAGGACCUCAUAUGUAUUCUCCCGUUUCAAGCCCAGGGGAAUAUAGACGCUGGAUAAGACAAGCUAAACGCGACUUUCAAACUGGUCAGUCUCACUUGAAUUGCGCCGAAAACCAUCCUGACACAUAUAACUGGAUAUGUUAUAAUUGCCAUCAGGCUUGUGAAAAGGCUCUAAAAGCUGCAUGGUUUCUGAACGACGCCAACAAAUGCCGUAUGCGGGAGCAUAGUCUUGUAAGAAUUGCAGAAGGAUUGGACGAUAAAAUUGUUCAAAAGGCAAUUGAAUUUGAGGACCGGCUCUGUAUUCAAGGACCAGCAAAUUUCAGACUCCGUUAUCCGGAUAGUGUAAACAGUUGUCAGAUCCCAUCCGAGGUAUUCAGUAAGGAGGACGCGGAGUAUGCUGUAACCACUACAAAGACGAUCAUAGGUCUGGUUGAGAAAUAAAUAAGAUAAUUGCAUGAUUGAAAUUUUGCGGUAUGAUUGUGUAUGCAAAUAACAUGCCGGCAUAUAUUAACGUAAUGGAAAAUAAUUGCCAAGGAACAGUAUUUUGAUGUUUGUACAUUUUGUAAAUAAGUUUCCUGUUUCAAUGUAAGCAUUGAAAAGGAAUUAUGUAAUUAUUUAAGUAUAGUUCAGGAUUGUUGUAAAAUUGUUGUGCAUUUCAUCGGCAGUUAUCGUCGUAGGUAUGAUCCAUUUAAAUUUGUUCAUCUGAAGAUUUGUCAAAGGAAACCUAGUUAACGCAUGGUCACUGUAAAAUCUACUUGGUUAAAAAUUUAUACGAUUCAUAAUAGAACUUGUUCGUCAUCGUAUCCGUAAUCACAAGCUGAAGUUUUACAAAAUGUUAUUAUGGUUGUGCAUUUCUCCAAAACACCAUGUUAUUGUAAUUUUGAUUUUACUUCUUAUUAUGCUUAUACGAUAUAUAUUUAUACAAAUGUGAAAACAAUGUGCUUCUUCAGUUAUUAUGUCAACAUGUUUGCAUGCAUAUUUUCAUUAAAUGUAUUUGUUAUAUUUUUUUAUGUACUUAUCUAAGGUUCUUCUGUCAGAGUGCACAAAAUGAGUUUUAAAAUCAUGAUACUUUGACUUGUUUUUUUUUCACAAAUUAGCUAAUCAGUAGUGCUAUCAAAAACGCACUAAAAUGUAAAUAUAAAUGUCGUUGACAUUUCCUGAAAUUGUGUAUGUGUGUGUAAUAACUAGUUUAUGAGAAGAACACAACCACUUAGUUUAAUUGUAAAUAUAGCAUACACUUGUAUUAUACAUUCUAUGGAGUUUUUAUUGUUAAAAUAAUCAUAAAUGUUGUCAUUUUCUAUUUUAUCUGUUUCCAUACAUAAAAUAAUCGUUUAAAGAAUUUUUCAAAAAAUGUAAAAUAAUAAUUAAUACAAUAGUACAUAGACAUAAAAUGAUGUUGUACAGUAAUUCUGACGAAAUGUGUCAGUUACACAACUGACUGACGGUAUUUUGUCGGAUUUGAAAUGUGAAAAUUUGUCAGAUUUUGUUGUAUAAGUUUAAAUAACUUGAGUAACGUGAUAUAUGUGUAAAUAAAUCAAAUAUAUAUACCUACAUGUUUCCUGCUGUAAAUGUGUGUAUACAGAAUUGUACAAAAAGUGUGUAUAGUGAUUGAACAAUCAUAUAAAGUAGUUUGUUGUAAAUACUUUUAGGAUCAAUAUGCAGUAAAAAAGUGGUUUAUAUUAGUGAUUUAACAAUCAUAUAAACUUGUUUGUUGUAAAUACUUUGGGGAUCUAUAUGCAGUAAACACGUGGUUUAUAUUAGUGAUUGAACAAUCAUAUAAACUAGUUUGUUGCAAAUUCUUUGAGGAUCUAUAUGCAGUAAAAAAGUAUUUUAUAUUAGUGAUUGUACAAUCAUAUAAUGUAGUUUGUUGUAAAUACUUUGAGGAUCUAUAUGCAGUAAAAAAGUGGUUUAUAUUAGUGAUUUAGCAAUCAUAUAAACUAGUUUGUUGUAAAUACUUUGAGGAUCUAUAUGCAGUAAACAAGUGGUUUAUGUUAGUGAUUAAACAAUCAUAUAAAUUAGUUUGUUGUAAACACUUUGAGGAUCUAUAUGCAGUAAACAAGUGGUUUAUAUUAGUGAUUUAACAGUCAUAUAAAGUAGUUUGUUGUACAUACUUGAGGAUCUAUCUGCAGUUAACAAGUGGUUUAUAUUAGUGAUUUAACAAUUGAACAGUCAUAUAAAGUAGUUUGUUGUACAUACUUGAGGAUCUAUCUGCAGUAAACAAGUGGUUUAUAUUAGCUAUUGAAGAAUCGUUAAAGUAGUUUGUUGUAAAUACUUUGAGGAUCUAUAUGCAGUAAACAAGUGGUUUAUAUUAGGGAUUGAACAAUCAUAUAAAGUAGUUUGUAGUAAAUACUUUGAUGAUCUAUAUGCAGUUUCAAAACUAGAAAAGACGUUGUAACCGUUAAGCACUGAAACACGGAAUUUAAAUAUUUUGCAUUCAGCGUAUUUUGUUGAAUUACUUCUUGUUGUCUUGUACAAUAUAUGUUCACGAACAAUACAGUUUUUGAACUGAUCUUUUUCCUUGAUGUGUUUCCAACUUAUUGGCAUAUGCUUUAUAAUUGUGCAUGUGUGCAAGAGUCAGUAAGGGUUUAUCUUAUAUUGUAUUAUAGAGAGUGGUGUGUCAUACGUUUAUUAACAUAACUAUAAUAUUAUUGUUUCGCAUUCAUACUCCGUUUAAAAUUGUUUAAGUAUAAAAGUAUUAUAAAAGUUAUGAAUUAGUUUUCAGAAUGACUAGUGUACGUGAAACUUCUAACUAUAAUGUAUAUAGCCUGUUUGUGUUUGAAGGUCGUUAGUUUUCUGUAUGAAUCAUACAACAAAUUGAAAUGUAUUCGUUUUAUGAUGGUUUAUUACAUUUUGUAUUUUGUAUACGUUUGCAUGUUAAUUCGGAGUAAUUAUGGAAUUAUGUUUUAGCUGUUCCAACUAUAAUUGCAUAUGUUUUUAUUCGAUAUAAAUUUAAACGUUAUAAAAUAAAAGCAUAAUCUGUGGAAAAUAUGUGCAUUUACAAUUUGAAUUUGUCGACAUCGUGUUUGGACUUCACAUAUAGCAGGCACAAUAUUGUCAAUAUUUGUAUCCGUAAACUAAUACAUACUGUUUUCAAAAACUACAAAUUUACCUGAUGUUAAUAUUAGAGGUUGGUGUUAUCAUUUGCAGAAAUAAUGACGACAUUCUUUGAUGGAAUCAAAUAGUCUUAAUAUUCAAAUAAACUUUGUAAAAUACGCAGAUUUUGUAAAGGUUGAGGUUUAUUUGAUGUUUUGCAUCAUCGUUUACUUCGCCUUUUAGACGUUUAUAUGACUUUGAAAAAAGAUUACUUAAUGUUUAUUAUUUUAGAAUUGUUUAUAUGCUGUUAUAUUAUAAUGCAUAAUUAUGUCUAAAUAAACGUUCGUUGCAUUGUAUACGCAAACGGAUUACAUUUAGUUGACCUAUAUGACUAUUUUUGCCUCCGACAAAGAUGGUACACUUUGUUAGAUUUGAUUUGUUGAUUGUAUGAGUUUGUUAUAAAGCUAAACGUUUGGAAAAUGUUAUGAAUACAUGUACAUAAAAUACUGGGAGACAUGUAUAUUAACGCAAACGUACGAAUGACCAUGUUUUGUGUUUACGAACGUUUAGGCUUCUGCCUAUUUAGUGUGAAUAUUACAAAAUUCUGAAUAAAUGACUUGGUAUGGAAGGUCACUUUCUUAAAAGAGUGGCAUAAUUUCGCGAAAUUUGCGCGUCCUUUUCAUAUUUCUUUCUUGGUUACGCUAAUCUCUCGAAUAACAAAAUAUGUUUAGUUUUUUGUAAAGCUUAUUUUAAAGUUUUAGUCCCAUUCAGGUUUUAACACAGAGGGGAUUAAAGAGUGCUGCCCUCAGUCCGCCGGCACAUCUAGAUCAUGCGAUUAUCAUUAAAGUAUUAGAGGUACUUCGAUAAAACUUGUUUUACUUAUUAACAGCUAACGGGGUAUGCAUUUUCUGCGUGACAAAUGUCCAUCACUGCAAAAUAAAGCAAAACAUAUGAUCAUGCAACUUGUUAUACAAAUUUUGGCUUGUAAUGUAUUCUCUUUUUAUGUCCCCCACCACUAUAGUGGGGGACAUAUUGUUUUUGCCCUGUCUGUUGGUCUGUUGGUCUCUUUGCGCCAACUUAAACAUUUUGCCAUAACUUUUGCUAUAUUGAAGAUAGCAACUAUAUAUUUGGCAUGCAUGUGUAUCUCAUGGAGCUGCCCAUUUUGAGUGGUAAAAGGUGAAGGUCAUCCUUCAAGGUCAAAAGUAAAAAAAAAACUAAAUCAAAGCGGCGCAGAAGGGGACAUAGUGUUUCUGACAAACACAUUUCUUGUUUCCAUUUGCAAAAAAAUAACAACAGAAAUCGCAUAGAAAUGUUAAAGAUAAAUAAAGUAUGAUAGACAUUGUUUUAUAUUAAGAAUAACUGCAUGGAUAUGUUAGACUUUUUAUUUCCACACAGUUCAUGUGAAUACAUGUUUACUUGAAUCAAACAAUAUUCUAUACUGAAACAAAUCGAAAUGUACGAAGACAUAUGGAUAUAUGGUUUGAUUAUAAAACGUGUGUACAUGCACCAAUAACAGAAAACGUGUGGUUAAUACACACUUGUUAUGAUAAUAUUUUCGUAGCUUCUUUACAUGCUUUCAUAUUGCAUGAUGAAUAUGAUAAGCUGACAAUCAAUUUUCAGGUUUAUAAAAACAAUUAUUUUAGAACGAUUAAAGAAAAAUAUUUUUUAGAAAGAGAUAUCAUUGAAAUUAUUUAUUUCAAAAGAUAUGUUUUCUAUUACCAAUAUGUUAGAUUUAGGUUUGUUUGAUUUAUGGUUUCAAAUGUAUGUUAUCGUUGUACAAUGCCGUUAAUUAAUUUAUAUUUUCCCGUGUUUUUCAUUAUAAUAUAUUUUUAAAAAACACAUUCAAUGUUAUGCUUGCAUAUGUAUGAUAAUAACAAAGGUGGACCGGUUUAUGUAUUGGGAAUAUUAUAGAUAUAUGUAUAUAUUUAAACGUGUGUUUCUGUUGAAAUACUUUGUAGUAUAAUAUAUUUUGUAUAACUAACACCAAGUAUAAAAUAUGGGAAUAUCACCCAUUUAUAUAGUGUGUUAAUAUAACACAUUUUUAUAAAUGACAAAGAACGCAGAUGUUAUAUAUUAUUAAAUUUUAAAUAUUUCUGUUGAUUUCUGUAUAAUAAUUUGCCUUGUAAAAAUACAAUUGUGCAUCCUAUUAUGAAAAGCAACAUUGUCUAUACAUUCAAGGCUGUUCUUAGCUCAUUUCAUCAUAAUGUUCUCAUUGUAGCCUUAUGUGAUCGCCAUUUGUAAACACUUAAAAGAUUAUAUCUCGUGCUCACUCAUUAUGACUCUUGGCCACAACAUCUGUCAAAUUAAUAUCUAGGUAAAGUCCGAAGCCGAUUCAGUUAGUGGCAGACAUCCGUUCCCUAAGUCAAAUUGAAGACAAAGCUUGUAAACACGCCAGCUUUCAAAUGUUUACGUUGUCUUCUUAACGUUUGUUCAGAAAAGUUGUCAAAAAUAUAUUUCUACCGAAACAUGGUCCAGUGGGCUCAAUCUGAAGAAAUAAGUAAAAUUUUAUAUAUAUCACAUUUACUCCCAAUCUUAAUAGACCCUGGUCAGAAGAUUUGUCCCAAUGAUAUCUUGGUCGAGUUCAAAACGGGGGUACGUGGGGUAAAAACUAGGUCAAUAUGUCAAAGGUAUGAAAAUACACUGGUUUAUUCUGUAAGUUAAAUUUAUUGGAAAAUGUUGGUUAAACUUUGACAGAACCUUUAUCUUAUUUAAACCGAAUUAGAAACUUGGUUACUUGUUUCCACAUUACUACCAUAUCAAUAAAAUAUGCAGAUUACUAACACCAUACACUUAGGCGAGUGGCUUAUGGCUCGCAGAGCCCUCUUUCUUAUUUUGUUUCGUUGGAUUUUGUACAAAUUUACUUCGUAAAUUAAAAUUUUACAACGAAGAUAUAUUUUAACAAGAUUGUCUACGAUACAAAAGCUAUAAAUAAGUGUCAUAUUUGUUUCUGUGUACAUACACUACAACAUAUGUGUCCAUACACUUCCUGUCGAGUAUGAGCCUUUUAAAUUCGUUGAAGAUCAUUAGGUAUGAAGACAAUGUUACCAGUCAAUACUGCAGUUUAUAUAUUCACUUAUUUCGUUUUCUUCCCACGUUUGUUUGUACUAAUGUAAAAGUUAUAUGUUCACGAUUUGUUCACUGUUAUUUUAUUACCGCUCAUUUGUCUCGGAAAUAUACGACUUGUUAUACGUGCACAGUACUUGCCUACGCAUGUUUUAGUGCAUUACCAUCAUAGGAAUAAAUACAUCUUAAUUGGCUGUAAGAUGAUACCAUUUGCUAUCAAAUAAGACAUUGAAUGUUUAUAUAAUGGCAUCGUUUCCAGCCAUAUAUAAAUGCAACACUAAAAUAUAUCUAACAAUUAUUGUGAAUGUCAAUAUGCAAUAUAAGACGUAACAAAUAAUCUUUCUGAUCACUGUUUUCAAGGCAUUAAUCAGAAAUACACGGCUCCUAAAAGAGCGGUUAUGUAUUAAUGUUAUAAUAAUUAUGUUGAUAAAUGUUCUUUUAUAUGUAGCUAAUAAAGACUGAUACAUAAAAGAUGAAAA